AUGCCGAAAGCACCCUCCUCUCUCCCCGGCAAGAAACGCCAUAACCCUCUGGCCGACGAUUUGGUCGCCACCGGAGUCCUCAAGAACAAGCCCUCAAAGCGAAAUACCAAGGCCGAGCCCGAGGAAGGAGAGAGAUAUGUCGACUCUCGCGCAAGCAAGAAUAUUCUGGCGAUGAGCCGGGAGCUACUCCAGGAAGAUGAGCAGCAAAGCGAAGAAGAUAAAGGCGGAGAACGAGGAGCCUUCGGUUGGAACCCGUCAAACUUCGACAGUCGCGAGCAGGAUGAAGAACUUUACGGCGAAGACGAAACCUGGGGGGACGAAGAGGAGGAAGUAGAGGAGAUUGAAGUAGAGGCUGGUGACCUGGAGGUGUUCCAUAAGUUCAUCAAGCCCUCUAUGGAGGACGAUCCGCUCCUUACGCAUGGCUGGGAUAUGAAGGGUGAUGGUGGUCAGGAGCAACAACAGGGUGGUGGACAAGAUCUGGCCGAAAUGAUCCUGGCCAAGAUCGCUGAACAUGAAGCUCAGCAACAAGGCGGGUGGCACGACGACAACCCGGCCGACGAGGAACACGUUUUGCCACCAAAGGUCAUCGAAGUCUUUGAAAAGAUUGGAAUGUUUCUUUCUCGGUACCGUAGUGGCCCUCUCCCGAAGCCGCUAAAGGUGCUCCCUCAGAUCCCCGGCUGGGAAAUCAUACUCCAGGUCACCCAACCCCACAACUGGACUCAUCAUGCCGUUUUUGCUGUCACCAGAAUCUUCGUGGCAGCCAAGCCAAAGGUUGUCCAGCGGUUCAUGGAGAUGGUUGUUCUUGACCAUGUCCGUGAGGACAUCUCCGAGAACAAGAGGUUAAAUGUACAUCUAUUUAACGCUUUGAAGAAAGGUCUAUACAAGCCGGCUGGUUUCUUCAAGGGAUUCCUUCGGCCAUUAGUUGCCUCAGGGGUUACUCUUGUCGAAGCUCGCGUCGUAAGUGGUGUUCUCACACGCGUGUCGAUCCCCGUGAUACAUUCGGCCAUGGCCCUCAAAGAGUUGUGCGAUUUUGCGGCGGAGAUGGUUUCAUCAAAGAACGAGUCUGUUAGUGCCGUUAACUACCUGAUCAAGGUUCUUCUCGAUAAACGAUACGCUCUGCCCUGGCAAUGUAUUGAUAGCCUAGUCUUCCACUUCCACAGGUAUGCUGGACUAGCACGCGAUGCCAAUACCCACUCGGAUCUCCCUGUGAUCUAUUGGCAAUGCCUCUUGGUCUUCUCACAACGUUACCGAAACGAUAUUUCCGAAGAUCAGAGGGAGCUGCUCCUCGACUUAUUACUCAACGGUCACCAUCAAAUAGCCCCCGAGAUACGCCGGGAGCUUUUAGCGGGCCGUGGCAGGGGUGUUCCCAUUGAACAGCCAACUGUUGCUUUUGAUGGCGAUGAUACCAUGAUGAUGUAG